AUGGGGAUGUUGGGAUGUUUCAGGUCAAUACAAAUCAAAGUGUACAAAGCUGUUGUGCUCUCCUCCCUCCUCUACGGGUCGGAAACCUGGACACUCUACAGUAAGCACAUCGACAAAUUAGAGCAGUUCCACCAAAGGGCUCUCCAUGGCAUACUUGGCAUCCGAAGGCAAGACCGCAUCACCAACAUUGAGGUCCUCAACCGAUCAAGCUCACACACCUUGUCACACCUUCUCCACAGUAGCAUAUUGACCGCUCUGUCACAGGCUACCAAAUAUGUAAGGCCUGUGAGCAAGUUGCCGGCGAGGGAAGUAUUAUCGGAGCCCAAAAGCUCUAUGGACUGUGGAGGAUAUACCCUGCUACGGUUCAGGCAAGAAACCAACUAA